CAUGACCCCCUCACUCUCCUGACAGGGAGACGUCCGGCUAGAAUCUGCUUCUGAACCCCCAGCCAGGGCGGGGGCGUGGCAGCCCGGGGAUUCCCCUCGGCCCGGUGACGUCACCGGCGCUUGCUACCUUCCCUGUUGCCGAUUUCUCCGGUCGCUAUCGGGCAUGGAGACCCCCAGCGCAGGGACAGACUGGAGGAAGCAUAUUAUCCGACAGCUGCAGCGCCGGGAUCGCCGCCAGAAGCUCCACUUCGAGGAUCUCAUUCACUCCUACAACCAGCUCCUGAUGAAAUCCGACAUUGUUCAACUCUGGAGAGACCAGCACUUACCAUCUGCUUCCAGCGAAUCUCCCGAUCCUCAGAAUGUGGUGAAUUUAAAGAGCAAACACCGUAAGGAACUAAUCAAAAUGUAUCAGGCAAAUGGAGAGCUUGCGCAGGAGGUGUUCGAUCUGAGCAAACAGCGCAAACACAGAGAAGUGGAACUCGAGGUCAGUCAGAACAGGCUGGUGGAGCUGAAGGCGAAGCUGUCUGAGUUGGAGGGAGAGCGGGAGCGAUUGCUAGCACAGUUCGGAGAGUUGGAGAAAGCCAAUAGCAGACUCAAAGAGGAGUAUGACAGCCUUCAACAGCUUUACCGUUCACAGUGGGAACAACUCCUGAAGCAGGAGGUGGAGGGAACAGAACUGAUUCAGAGCAUGAUCGAUAUCAAGGCUCAAGCAGCGAGAGAUCUCAAUUAUCGGAAUGAGAAGCCAAAGAGGGUCAAGGAGAAGAAUUUGGAGAAGGACCUGGCCAUUGUUUCCCGUGUCCCCCUCUCCUUAGACGCAGAAGUCUUCCACCCAGUUCAGAAACUGUCACCCGAGGCAGCCACUCACCAGGAGACCAAGAUCUUCAAACCAUUUCGGAGUUUUAGGUCAAGUUCUUUAAGCAUCCCACCCCACCCCAGACUCUUCCAGUCCUUUAAAGACCUCUUCAGGAAACGGGCAAAUACAUCUUUCAUCGGAGUGGAUUGCAAUCCAAUGAACUUCUGUUCGGUUGCAAGAGUCCCGGCUAGAGUUCGAUUCAGCUUGCAGGAAGCACAUGACGGUGAGGUUAAUGCUGUCAAGUUUUCUCCAAACUCCAAGAUCCUGGCAACUGGAGGCAGUGACAGGAAGGUGAAGUUAUGGGAUAUUGUCGGAGGGAUGCUUCAGACAGUGAAAACUCUGGAAGGGAGCAACGAUGGAGUGACCAGCAUUGAGUUUGACCCCUCGGGUCUACAGCUCUUAGCUGGAUCUUAUGACAACACUGCGCGCCUGUGGAGUCUGAAGGACUGUGAGCUGAAGCACACUUUGUCAGGUCACAGUGCAAAAGUCACAGCGGCAAAGUUCAAGUUUUAUUGUCGAGAAGCUGUCACAGGAAGCCACGACAGGACAAUCAAAGUCUGGGACCUGAGCAAAGCUGCCUGUGUUAGUUCAAUCGCUCUCCCGUCUCGCUGCAGUGACAUCGUUUGCUCAGACCACCUCAUCAUUAGCGGUCACUUUGAUGAGAAAGUUCGCCUGUGGGAUUCGAGGUCUGCGAUGAAGACUGAUGAGAUCCCACUGCAGGGAAAAGUGACGUCUUUAGACAUUAACUCGGAACGGACCCAGUUACUCAGCUGUUCACGCGACGAUCUGCUAAAGGUGGUGGAUCUACGGAUGAACGAGACCAGGCAGGAGCUCAGAGCUGAAGGGUUUAAGUGUGGAUCUGAUUGGACCAAGGCAAUUUUCAGCCCCGAUGGGAGCUACGCGGCAGUGGGAUCAGCUGAUGGAGUUCUCUAUGUUUGGGACACCCUGACUGGGAACCUGGAGACUUCCUUGGUUGGACAACACAGAUCUUCUAUUAAUGCAGUUUCCUGGUCUUUAUCGGGAGAGUAUGUGGUGAGCGUGGAUCGGUCAAGGUUGGCCAAUCUUUGGACUGACUGCUGACCCAGCCUCUCGGCAGCAACUCCAAAUUUUCCAUUGCCCUCAUGACCAUCAUUCGAUCAGAAGGGAAAGCAUUGAGAGCUCGGGUCAUCGAAAUUUAACAUCGUAAGCAGGCAGAAGCUCCUGUCGAUAAACAACCCUCUGUCUGCACCACAACUCUCCCAAGCACACGUUAUAUUUUCAAGAAACUGGGAGUUCGAGAGGGGUGAAUGUAAAUACUACGCAAAAGACUUAGCAAACAGAAAGAGGCCAAUUUACCUCCUGUGAGUAUCUCUCACCUCACUGGGAGAGGCAAAUUCAUGCAGAGAAAAGAUGCCAGGGGCUCCAGGAUGAGAUUGACUUCCAAACCAUGCCCCUGUGUCAGGGAUUUUGUUGGAAAUUUAUCAGUCGAUGGGAUGGAAUGGGUGUGGGAUAAUAAGGGAAUCAACUUGGAAUACUUUUGUCAACAAAUCUUGCCUGCAGCUGUGCAGCAAGUUACAGGAAGGGACACAAGGUCAAUAGGUUGUAGGGACAAAGACGUGCAAUAAAAACAGUACAUUCUGAAACACUUAGCAAGUCAGGAUGCAUCUGUGGAGAAAAGGGACUUGACAGAAGAAUUACUUUUUGAUUGACCAAACCACAACUCAAUGUAUCAGAAACAAAAGGGAUUGAGGUCAGUUACAAUGUUUAAGAUCAACUAGGAAUAUCGAAUUUCUUGUCUUAUUUAGAGUCCCAUGGACGCUGAACACACUUUUGUCGUCAUUUGUUGGACACAAAAGAACAUGUUUUUUAAGUGAAAUGGAAUAUUUUUUAAAUUAUUGGAAUUUUUAAAACUCUUUCACAGGAUGUGGGCAUCAUUGGCUCGGUCCAACAUUUACUGCCUUGUCCCUAGUUGCCCCUUGAGAAGGUGGUGGUGAGCUGCCUUCUUGAGCUGCUGUAGUCCAUGUGCUGAAGGUUGUGCCCUUAGGGAGGGAAUUCCAGGAUUUUGCCCCAGUGUUGGUGAAGGAACAAUGAUAUAUUUCUUAGUAAGGAUGGUCAGUGGCUUGGAGAGGAAUGUGUAGGUGGGGGUAGUGUUGAUUGUGAGGGUUUCAGUGAUGGUAAUGCCAUUGAACAACAAAGUUAGAUACUUAGAUUGUCUCAAAGAAUGUCAUUGGUCUUAAGAAUUCUCCAUUGCUGAGAGAAAUAGAGACUGGGCCAUUAAAUAUAUUCAAGGAUGAGUUAGACCGAUUUUUGAUUAAUCAUGGACUUGAUAGUUAUACAGAGCUGGCAAGGAAGUGGUGAUAAGACCACAAAUCAGAUCAGCCUUGAUCCUCUUAAAGGCAGAGCAGGUUUAAGGGGCCGAAUGGCUGACUUCUGUUCCUAUUUUGUCUGCUCUUGUGUGGAACACCUCUAUACAGCAAACUGUUGGAGUCUGGAACCCCCUGCCUGAAAAGGGGUGGAAGCAGGUUUGAUAGGAGCUUUUGCAAGGGAAUUUGUCAAACACUUGCAAUGGAAGAAUUUGCGGAACUAUUUUUGAGAAUGGCUCCAUGGAUGAGUAACUUCAGAGAUCGAUUCUAGACCUUGGAAUUGUAUCCCUCAGAGAGGAGAAGGCUGAGAGAACUGAUCGAGGAUUUUCAAAAUUCUUGAGAAAUCUGGACAGGGUUGAUAGGGAGUAAUGGUUUGUACUGGUGAAGGGAUCAAGAAUGAGAGAGGGCACAGGUAUGACAUAAUUAGCAAAAGUGAUAUGAGGAAACAAUUUUACUCACAAUGAGUCGUUAGGUUUUGAGAUGCAUUGCCUCAAAGGCACUCAAAAGGGAAAUAGGUGGUUCCUGAAAAGGAACAAUGUGCAGAAUAACAGGGGAGAAAGUGGGCGAGAAUAGCACUUGGUGAGCUGCUCAUAGAGAAAGCUAGUGCAGACAUGACGCACUGAAGGGCCUCAUUCUGAGUUGCAACAAUUCUGUGGAGAAAGAGCAAGGCAAUUGAAGUGAUUGGGCACCCCUGGCAAAGACAGGGUGGGUUAUAAACAUGCCAUUCUGCCAUGUGGCCUGCCUGCCUUUGAUGUCUUUUUUAAACUGGCGAGAUGAUGGCCUUGUGGUAUUAUCACUGGCCUGUCAGCCCAGAGACCCAGGUAAUGUCUCAGUUUGAAUCUGGCCAUGGCAGGUGGUGGAAUUUGAAUUUGAUAAAAGUCUGAAAUUAAGAGUCUAAUGAUGCCUUUGAAUAGUUAUCGAUUGUCAGGAAAAACCCAUCAGGUUCACUAAUGUCCUUUUAGGGAAGAAAACUGCCAUCCUUACCUGGUCUGGGCUGUCCGUGACUCCAGACCCACAGCAAUGUGGUUGACUCUCACAUGCCUUCAGUGGCAAUUAGGGAGGGGGCAAUAAAUGCUGCCUAGUCAGUGAUGCCCUCAUCAGUGAAGAAAACCCCACAUGACUGAGCAGCUACAAACUUGCCUUUUCCCAAGUGCAAGCAUAACAAGCCUGUGUGUGCUGUCACCUCUCCUUUGCAUUAUAGUUCACAAUAAAUCAUGUUUUACCUAAUCUCAGAGGAUACUCAAAGGUGAUCAUCUCCAACAUAAUCUACCUCCAACAAUUUGGCACCGUGGCUCACUGGUUAGCACUGCUGCUUCACAGCGCCAGGGACCCAGGUUCAAUUCCACCCUCAGGCAACUGUAUGUUGGAGUUUGCACAUUCUCCCUGUGUCUGUGUGGGUUUCCACCAGGUGCUCUGGUUUCCUCCCACAGUCUAAAGAUGUGCAGGUUAGGGUGGAAGAAUUUUUGAAGGAGGGUCUAGGCCUGAAAUGUCAGCUUUCCUGCUCCUAAGAUGCUGCUUAGCCUGCUGUGUUCAUCCAGCUCCUGGUUAUCUCUGUUGCCCAUCCUGUUGUCUACAUGGUAUGAUUCUGUCAGUAUGACGAUAUCAGGCUGUUGAUUGACUAGUCUGUCAGCUUUAGCACAAGGCUAAUGAGCAGGACUUUGCAAGGUUGACAGGGCUGUUUCUGCCAUUGUCUCCUCCAGUGCCUAGAUUGACUCAAGGGGACUGGCGUGGUUUCAAUCCUUUGAAACUUUCUCACAGUGUGAUGUAACUGAGUGGCUGUGCUGGGUCGUUUCACAGGGCAGCUCAGAGUCAACUACAUUGCUGCGGGUCUGGAAGCCACAUCAGAUUUCCUUCCCUAAACGGCAUUAUAAUGAACCAUAGAUAGUAGGAGCUGUAGACACUGGAGAAUUUGAGACGAACCAGAUGUGUUUUGAGCAUCAAUGGACAAUGGCUGGAAGUUGACCAAUACAUCAGCUCUUUAUUGAAUGCAGAUUUCACCAUUUACCAUGGUGGGAUUCAAACCCAUGUCUUCAGAACAAUGGCCUGGGAUCUUGGAUUGCCAGUCCAGUGACAUUACCGCUAGACUAUUCCCCUUCUGUCCUUCGUGAUUUAAAAUUACGCUUAAACGUCUUCAGUCUGUGGAAGACAAUCCCAACUUCUCCAGUCUCUCCAUAUUCACUGAGAACCCUGGAAAAGUUGUCCUCACUCCAUGGCCUUGGCAUCUCCUAUGACUCCCAUAUUCCAGGCUUGAUGUGUCAGUGAUGGCUCAGUGGGCAGCACUCUUCCUUCUGAAUCUGAAGGUUCCAGGUUCCUAGGACAGCAGAACUGAUGUAUGAAGGGAGACGGGAUUGUCUCGAAUAAUAUUCACUAGAAGAAUGGGGAAAUCUCAUAAAAACCUAUAAAAUUCUAAUGGGACUAGAGAGGAUAGACAUGGGAAGGAUGUUUCAGAUGACCAGGGAGCCCAGAAACAAGGGUCGCAGUCUAAUGGUACAAGUUAGGCCAUUUAGGACUGACAUGAGGAGAAAUGACUUGACCCAGACAGUGGGGAGCCUGUGGAAUUCUCUGCCACAGAAAGCGGUUGAAGCCAAAACAUUGGAUGUUUUCAAGAAGAAAUUAGAGAUAGUGCUUAGGGCUAAAGGGAUCACCAGGUAUGGGGGAGAAAACAGGAACAGGGGACUGAGAUGAAUGGCAGAGACACUUCAAAGUGCUGUUUAGCCUAUUCCUUCUCCUAUUUCCGCUGUUUCAAAAUUUCAAGCCCUGCUCUAGGAGUCAGGGUUGAUAUUCCAUGGCAAUGCAGAGUGAUUGCAGGGCUGUUGGAGGUUCUGUCUUCCCGAUGAAACAUUAAACCAAGGCCCCCCACUUGUUUUUUGGGUGUAAGUAUUGUGUUCCUUGAUAUUGUUUCAAAGAGGAGCAAAUGAGACAUCCCUGAGGCAUUGGUGCCGGCCACAAUCAACGUUACAAUAAUACAAAGAUCAUUUGGACGUUAUGACACAGUUGUUUGUGGGAUCUUGCUGUACAGAAAUUGGCUGCUCUGUUUCCUCCGUCCCAACAGUGAGUACACUACAAGAAGUGUUUUGUUGGCUAUAAUACACUUUGAGACAUUUGAGUCUCUGAAAAAUGCUGUAUAAAAUUAAAAUCUUUCUUCCUCAAAAUGAAUUGUGAAAUGCUCUUGUCAAAUGAAAGCCAAUGUGUGCGUCUAUUUUUCAAAGACCCACUAUGCCUCUUCUAUCUGGCACAUCUGUACUCACUUGGGGUCUCUCUCAGUCACCUUCCUGUUUGUACAAAUAUUGAUGGAAGAUCACCUGCCUCUGCUGACUGUUGUAAUAAAUAGUCACUUGGUGGCACAGAACUGAUUUAGGUAUUGCACGGAGAAAAAGAGCCAUCUUGCGCUCACCAGCACCGAUGCAAGAAUUCUAAAUUUCAAUGUUGUGGAGGUGCCAGUGUUGGACUGGGAUGGGCAAAGCCACACGGCAUCGGGCUGUAGUCCAACAGAUUUAUUUGAAAUUACAAGCUUUCAGAGCUCUGCUCCAUUGUCUGUGGAGGGAAGUGCGCAGACACAGAAUUUGUCUGCUUCCCUCCACAUCAGCCAACAAAAGGAACAGUGAUUUGAAGGCUUGUGUUUCCAACUAAACCUGUUGGAUGUUAACCUGGUGCUGUGUGACUUCUGACUAAAUUGCACAGGGCACAACAAUUCGUAGUGCAGGGAAGAAGGGUGCCAGUUGGUUGGAGAGUUGACUCUGUUUGGUUCAGUUGAAGAUUGUCAGUCAGGCCCACUUGAUGUUGGCAUGAAGUGACUUUUACUUAUAUCCAGGGUUGCCUCCUCUGCUGGGAGAGCAAACAUGCCCUGGCUUUGUAAUUUCCUCAAUUAAACAAAGUCAUUGGGUUCAAACUGUUCCCCAGAGCAUUCCCAAGAGCAAGGUCUCAACUUACCAACCGUGAGCACCCAUUUCACUUGUAGGAUAAAUCCCUUUGAAGUUUGGCAUUCUUGCCAUUCUAUCCUGAUAAUGAAUGUAAAAUGAAACACUUCAACAGCAUUUCAGUGAUACUUUGGUCAUGCAAAGGCAGGAGUUAUACAACUCUUAUAUACCCAGGAGAUAAGUGGAGAGGAGAUGCGUGUUCAUGACACUGUGGUGGUUUGAUUGCUGGGAUUUGGGAGAACUGAGCAGGCUCUCUCUUGGUCUCCAAAACCUCCUCAGUCAAUGAUACAGCACUAGAUUGGCCCAGAAAUACUAGCUGUCAGUAUCUUUGCUUCAGAAUGUUCUCAGCUGCAGGCCAACAUCGCAGCAGAGCAGUGAAUGGGGGAUUUUUAACAACAACUUAAAGUAACCAAUAGUAACAGGUUUGGGUAAUAUUGGAGCUCCAGUGGGCCAUCCAGCCCCUGUUGUGCUGUCAAAUUAAUGAGAUUAUGGUUGAUCUGUGUCCUAACUCCUCAUUUCUGCUGAGGCCCCAUAACCUUUAAUAUUUAGGGAUAAUAUUCCGGGAUUAAGCCUUACCCUCCACCUCGAGCUGAUGGUUCGAGCUCUGGUUCAAAGCAAGAGACUCGCUGAGGAUGAGGGUUUGAUUGCAUGCAGUGUCUCCUCAUCUUAAAACCCACUAAACUAAUAUAAUGUUUACAUUCUUUAAAUAUUGUAAAGAAUUUAAUUCUUGCAA